CUGAGCAUAGUUCUUAAAUAGUAUACUGUGCAACACUGUGCAAGCGGUUUUGAGUAAAGGGAAGGGUAUUUUUUGACGCGUAUCUUGAAAACUGUGUUCUCGGUGGAUUCUUUCUGCCAUCGCGUUUUUCUCGGUUUCCUAUCCAUAAGAAAAGGCAGAAUGAAGUCACGAUUAUUCGCCGGGAUAUCGCAUGGUUGAAAAAUCUCCGCGAGAUGUUGGAAUCAACGAAAUUGUUAAAAUCGUAUGCUAUCGAUUGAGAGUCUGAUUGGUUAAGAUAGUGUUUAACGCAAGUAUGGCCGCUCUUCCGUCACCUACGCAGGUGGCUGGAAGUCAUCCUGCUAUAUAUGAAGCCUAUUAUAAUCAGAUUGAUCCAAAUGGAUAUGGACGGAUUGAGGCGAUGGACGCUGCGAGAUUUCUUAAAAAGUCUCAGCUGAGCGACGUUAUUUUGAGUAGGAUAUGGGAUAUGGCUGAUCCGCAAUCGCGUGGCUUCCUGGACAAGUCUGGUUUGUUUGUCGCACUCAAGUUGUGUGCACUAGCUCAGACGGGAAAGGAUUUGAAUAUGUCUAAUCUAUGUCUCGAAUUACCGCCUCCAAAAAUGGGAGAUAUUCCAGCCAUUCCGCAGAAAAAAACUAUUACCAACGCUUUACCUGUAAUAACAUCCAUCAGUAACGGAGAUUGGUCAAUUAAUCCUACGGAACGGGCGAAAUACGACCAGCUUUUUGAUAGCUUGCAACCAUCUAAUGGAUAUAUAUCUGGAAAUAAGGUAAAAGGUGUUCUUAUGGAUAGCAAACUUCCUUUGGAUACCCUCGGCAAGAUUUGGGACUUGGCGGAUAUGGAUAAGGACGGUAUGCUGGAUAGACAUGAAUUUGUAGUUGCCAUGCAUCUUGUAUAUAAAGCGCUGGAAAAAUACGCGAUACCAAGUGUACUUCCACCAGAGUUAAUGCCGCCUGGUAAAAGGAAAGACAUUAUUAUCCCUAAAACCAAGUCUCCUACGCCGUUAGGUAUGGCAAUCGCAGUGUCACCAUCACCUCAGUCGCAACCACCGCCAAUCCCACCCUUACCAAACACGACGAGUGUGACGAGCUUGACUGGGUUAGAUGCUGUGAAAACGAGCGCACAACAAUGGGUUGUCUCGGCUGAAGAUCAGAUUGCCGCGGAAAAAUUAUUUUUGCAAGCUGAUCUGGACAGAGAUGGAUUUGUUUCUGGUGUAGAAAUCAAGGAUGUCUUCCUACAAAGCAAACUUCCGCAUCACGUGUUAGCCCAUAUAUGGAGUUUGUGUGACAUUUGUCAAAGUGGAAAACUGAAUAAGGAACAAUUUGCCAUCGCUAUGUGGCUUAUCAAGCAAAAGCUCAAUGGCAUAGAUCCUCCGGCGAGUUUAACUCCUGAAAUGAUACCGCCUUCUAUACGAAAAGCUGGGGAAACUAUAGUGGAAAACAAUAACAUAUCAGGCUAUUCGAAUCCAGAAUUAGAUAUGAUAAGUAAAGACAUAGCGGAACUCGUACGCGAAAGACAGAGCAUGGAACAGGAUAUAGCACAAAAAGAAGCCGACAUUAAGAUAAAAAAUGGAGAGAUUAAGAGCUUGCAAAGUGAAUUGGACACGCUUGCGGCGACUCUGAAACAACUCGGAAAUCAGAAGGGUGAGGCGCAGAAGAGAUUGAAUGAUCUGAAAGCACAGAAGACUGAAGUAGAUAGAGAUUUGAGUGAUGUCGAAGAGAAGAUUCAGAAGGAACAGAAGAAGGUUGAUAAGCUUCGUCAACAAGCUGAAGAGCAAGAAUCUGUGCUACGGAGUCAGGAAGACGAGCUGAACUUUAAGCGACAAGAACUCGAGGGACUACGGCAAGAGGAACAGCAAUUGGAGCAACAACAGAAUAAAAACAGGGACCAACUGAAUGAGCUGACAAAAAAAUUGCAAGAUACUCAGUUAGAGAUUUGUCAGGCGAAGGCAAAGAUCACUCAUUUGCAGGAGCAACAGCGUCAAAUGAGCGACGCCAUCGCGCUUUACGAUUCUGCGCUUGCUGCGGGAGACGUCAACGUUGUACCUGAUACUAGUCUACAGUUUAUACCUGAGAUUGAAGAUAUAGAAUUUGAAGCAACAGCUAAGAAUGCAGGUGAAGUGAAUGAUAAAGCGGAUGCAACUGGAGUUAGCACCUUAAACGGAUUUGGAGAUCAGGAUCCUUUCGCGUCAAGUCAAGCCAAAGAAGCAUUUAACACAUCGAUGUCUGAUCCAUUCGGAAGCGCGUUUCCUACACAGCAAUCCAAUAGUAGCUUUGCAGUAGAUCCUUUUACUGCAUUCGAUAAUAGCAAUGUAGCGACGAAGCAAGAUCCUUUUGAUCCAUUUGGCGGAAAGCGAGCUGAGAAUAAAACGCAGUCGAAUACGAAGGACCCAUUUGGAGAGGAUCCCUUUGCCAAUCUUCAUGCUCCUCCUCGUCCUGAGAGCCCUAGUCCCGCUCUUCCACCAAAGAAAGCCAAGCAACCACCUCCGCGUCCGGCUCCACCACGACCAAAUCAAGGCCCUACUGGUCCAUUAAGAGCGGCACCUGCACCUCCAACGCCUUCGCCCACUCCGGAUCCAUUUAUGAACGCAAAUUCGGAUCCAUUUAGCUCUCAACAAACAAUCGAUAACAAUAAUAGUUUCGCAUCUUCUGGAUUUGCAGACUUCGCCAAUUUUGAGUCUAAGCCAGAACCGACGGCUAAUCGAACGGCGACUCCAGCAAGAGCAACGACGGGUAAAAUCCACGUAACAACGGCGCAGCCAAAGCUUUCGGACUUUACGGAGGAUCCCUUUCGAGAUUAUCGUUACGAGGAUCCAUUCAACAUAACGGAUCCAUUCGCAGAUGAGACGGAGGACUUGAAUGCGAACAAGAGCAGCAAGGAGGCGUACAAAACAGAUCCCUUUGGCUUCGAGAUCUGCGCAUUUUCGAGCAAGAACAUUUCGACUAAGGUUUUCGAUAACGAUUUCUCAAAUACCUUUUCGCUCGCUAAAGCAAAAACCGAGAAAAACAACGUGAACAACGCGAACGACGCGAGCGAUGCAAGCAAGUUUGAUGUUGAUUUUGGAAAAGCGUUUUCCGCUGAUAACAAAAAUGUCCGGGAUGUUGAGGCCAAUUUCUCUCAAGUGUUCACCAAUGUUAAAGCGAGAACGGUCAAUCUUGACGAAGCAUUUUCAACUAAGGACGUGAAGACCACCGCGAGAAAUGAAUUAGACAUAAUCCGCACUUCGAAGUUUAAUAUAAUUUGUAACAAUGAAAAACUUGGCAAGAUAUGGAACGGUAAUAAUAUAUCUAAUUUAUCAGAGGAGGAGCAACUAGCAUGGGCGGAGAAGCAGAGUAUUGAGACGGAGAAGGAGAGACUUAGACGUAAAGAAAAAGAAGAUGCCGAACUGGCUCUCGCACUCAAGCUAAGCAAACAGGGAAAGUCAGGAAACGUUUAGACGUUCGGUCGGCUAAUACUAUAUUUCUUUUUGUUGAUAUCACCGUGAACCAAUUGCAUAACAGUUUUGCGUCUCAUAAUAGUGUGCAUUAUUACAUAUUAGUGUCACGUAUAGAAGCGAAGUGUAGACACAUUAUUAUCAGAUUGACAAUAAUGUCGGAGGUAUACAGAUAUUAAAAGUACGAAAGAAAAAGAAAAAUUGUUAUGGAUAUUAUGAAGGAUGGUUUUUAAUUGACCAUAACUUGUACAGCCCGAAACAUUCUAGCAAUGUUGCUGCAAUUUUGCAAUAUUAAAAUGUUACAAUGUUACUGUAAUAUUAUAAACGUUGUAAAAUUGCUGCAACGUUGCAACAUUUUGGCAAUAGUGUAAAAACGCUGCACUGAUACUGCAACAUUGCUGAAAUAUUCUUUAUUGAAAUUUCACAUCUCUCUCGGUGUUUUUAAAUAGUUGAGUUAUUUGCGAAAAUCAUGAAAAGAAGUAAAAAAAGAAUUUUAUUAUACUUUAUUUUAUUUUUGUUUUUUUUUAUUUUUUUGGAUGAUGUACUAUUCGCAAACGCUAUCGAUCCGAGAGUAUUACGCGCGUCAAUUCUGAGUUAUACUUAUAAAUAUACAAAUGAUCAUAAGUAAUAAUAUAUGAGAAGUUCAUAUUGUAGUAGUUAUUCGAUUAAAGCACGAUAAAACAGUAUCAUUAAACGCAUUAAUAUCAAUAUGCAUACGCCUAUAUAGUAACCGAAUAUUACAAGAUUUCAACGAUAUAUUCGUCGCUGAUCAUUCAGCGUCUAAGAAUCUAAGUCAUUUCAUGUCAGCUGUUAAUAACCUCAUGUAAGAAAGAAAAAAAUAUCACACAUGUUAUUGGUGAGCGAGAUAUUGAAGUAAUGCGACAGUGCCGUCUACUAAUUCAGUUUUAGAACGUUCCAAAGAAUUUAGUGUCGACGACGUCUCGUCUUUGUGCUUGACGAAAAGUGUUCUCCAUACUUAAUAGGAUUCGCAAAAAAUCAAGCGCAAAAGACAACGUUUGCCUCGAUUUCAUUACAAUAUCGUAUAAUUUUGACAACGACGUUAUAUGUAUUUCAUAUGAUGUAUAUAUUAAUAUUAUGACAUGUACAUUAAGUAUCACCAAUAAUUCUCGUUAAGUAAGUUUUUAUUAUCACGUCUAAAUUGUUUUCAUUGUAAGUUAAUAACACAUACAUUGUGCGGAGACGUGCUAUAUAAUAUAUCGUUAAUAUCAGUAUAAAGGAAAACGUGUGUUGAUAUAGUUGUACCAUAUUACACAUAUGUUUCCUAUUUAGUUUCCUAUUCAACGAUUCGUGUUUAUUAUGUAAUUUUUAUUUUAUUUUGCCUUUAGAUGUUAACGUAUGUAUGUGUGUACGUGAGUAUGUUAUGUACUGUAGAUGUUAAGAAAGAAUUCCACCAAAAUAAACGUACGAUACUUUCAAAUAUCUGUCGCUUAGUUUAUACGCACACAACAUGAUUCAAUGGGCGGAUCCCAAUAGCGGAGGACCGAUAGCACACCAUCACUCAUCUCAUAGCGGCCAAUGCCUAGAGUUUUUCCGUUGGUUAGAUAAGUCAAGAUGAUUGAUUGAUGGGCUAUUGCACCGUGCGCUAUAGGGUCCCGUCCUUGGUUAUUUCUGAUCAAUUCUACUUAAUGACAAAUACAAUUGGUCAAUUCUGAUAGAAUAAUCAGCCGAUUAAAUUAACCGAAGGUUGUAAAACUGGCCCUAAGACAUUAUUAAAGAUGAUUUUCAAAUAA